UGACAUUUGCGUAGCUGAAAAAGUCAUUUGUUGCUUUCGUUUAUCUUACCCUGUUUUUUUUUCGACGACAUAGUUCACCAAUUAUUUAAAAUUCCAAAUAACGCUGUAACAAUUGGAUUAUACUCUUUAAAGUAACAGUAUUACGGCAUUAAGCGAUAAAAUGGUUUCACCUUGGCUAGCACCCAUCAUAAUCACAGCCAUUUGGGGCUUCAUUGGUAUUAUAUGCCCAUUUUUCGCUCGCGGACCCAACAAAGGUGUUACCCAAUGCUGUCUGAUGUUGGUAGCGUCCACUUGCUGGCUGUUCUGGCUAUGUUGUUACAUGACCCAAAUGAACCCACUUAUCGGACCAAAACUAACCAGGAAUGAAAUCCUGAUUAUUGCUCGUGAAUGGGGAAAUCCCAUCAAGGAUCAAAUCGAUAUUACAUACUAUUAGUAUUUCCAACAUUCAUCACCAUUAAUUAGGUCUGCAUUUGUUGCUGAAGGCCUUUCGUUAUACUGUUGCUCUUUGUUUUCUGUAUUUGUUUACUUACAUAUUUAUGUAAAACAAACUAAUGUGCCUAUUAUAUUCUGAUAUUGUUGCUACUUUUUAAGCACGAAGGACAUAUCUAUAAACUUUGUUCACGUUUGUUUUGACGACUGUAAUUAAGUCUUAUUCAUAAUAGCAUAGCGAUAAAUCGCUUUUUAAAUUUUGCAGAACUGUAAAAAAAAGUGUCCUUACAUAUUUACAAUCAUUUUUGUCGAAAUAUACAUGAACAUAUACUAUAACGAAAGUCAAAUAAAAAAUCUUUGAAUUGAA